UCAAGUCAUAUGUCCAGGACGUCAAACUUGAAUUAUUAUUAUUCUAUUGUGUGACACUAAAACUUCAAUACUACUAGAGUUAUCUUCUUAAUUGAUAUUAUAUUAAUUAUCAAUAGAUUUAAAAACCAUAUAAAUGUUAUUCAGUUUUUGAAUAUGUAAGAUAAAUGGAGCGAUGUCACUGAUGAACCAGCGGUUUAAUUAUUGUUUUAUGUGAGCUAAGUGCAAUAGUAGUUGAAUUACAGAUAAAAAUGCUCAGGAGUAAUUAAAGAAAGAAAUAUAACAGUAGUGUAUUAUUAACAGUUUCUAGAAAGUUAAAAAUAUAGUACACUUAAAAUUACAACGUUAAAUUUAAAGGGAACUUAAUAAUAGAAUCAUCGAUUAAUGUACAAUACGACGAUGCCCGCUCCUCCGACUCAAGCUCCAGCUUGUAAGAAAAAAGCAGAAACUAAUGAAUCAGAAAAUUUACCGCCUUGGGCUAAAAUUACUCUAACAUCAUCUGAGGCGGAGAUUGAAAAAUUGAUUGCAAGACACGCACUUAAGGAUGCUGAAGUCACCUAUUUUUCACAAGUCGAACCAAUUCUGCAGGAUGGACCUCAAUGUGGGUUGGUGGCUCUGUCAAUGGCAUCUCAAGAAUACACUAAACCUGUAUCUGUAACCCAGCUACUGGCGGAAGCACGUGUGCGUGGUUUUACUCAACACGGUGAGGUUUACAGUGUUGAUUUUAUGGGAACAUUGGCUGCUGAAUAUUUACCAGAUCACCGACCAGAUGUACUUGUGGAUUUACAGACUUGCCCGGAUACGUUGACUCAUGCAUUAGCUCAUGGUGCCAUGGUGCUAAUUCCGUACGAUUCGGAUUUUAAUCAUGCGCCGUGUUUGAAGAGAGGACAUAAAGCUCACUGGGCUCUUCUGGUCGGCUUGAUAUCAUCUCGGCAAGGGUAUUAUGUUCUCGCAAGACAUGGCAAGUCACGGCAUUUAGCUUGCUGGCCGCUGAGAGAUUUAAUUGAGAGCAAUGGUAAUUUAGAGGAAGAAGGCACAGCUAGGCAUGCGGGUGGUUACGUCAUUCCGAAAGGAGGUGUAGGAGGACAAAGAGGCCUCCGUGGUCGUGCGUUAGCUCUUCAUCCGUAUGUAUGAAACAAUGUUAAUAUGAUGCGUCAUACUACUGCUCGUUAUCAUCGUGGGAAAUAGAUCUCGACGCAUCAGUAGUGAGUAGCACUAUCAUUGAAAUCUGUAAUUUUGCUUCAACUACGGUAAAAAUACUAUAACUAAAACCAAAUAACAUUCAAUAACAAAAAAAAAAAGAGAUAUUUAAUUAUUGUAAUACGAAUAAUCGUCAUUUCUUGAUAACAAGAAAUGAAUUUUAUGUACUUUUGUCUCUCACUAUUUAAUAUUUAAUCUAUUUAUGUAUAUAAAUUAUUCUAUUUGGUGUAACGAGAUUCGUCAAGCUUGUGCAAUUUUUAAAGUAGUAGAACCGCUGCUAUUUUAUUUAAAUAUUUAUUUAUGCAUUUGUUAUU